AAGGAACCCUAAAGAGUAUCUCUAUAUCACUUCACUCACACCUUUCCUUACAAAGAUUUUAUCCACAAAAGCAAGCUGCUGCUGCUGCUUCAUUUCAUUUCAUCACUUAAACAUGCCGGGCCCCGUCGUCGAAGAAAUCGAAUCUGAGAAGAAGAUUGAGGAAGAGAUUCCUGUUGUUGUUGAGGGCGUUGUUGAGGAUGUUAAGGAAGAAGACGACCACAACGAUGAUGAUGUUGACGCUGAUUCCGAUGAUGAUGAGGAAGAUGCUGCUCAAGGUGGGAGUGAGAGCUCAAAGCAAAGCAGGAGUGAGAAGAAGAGUCGAAAGGCGAUGUUGAAACUCGGAAUGAAACCGGUUCUUGGUGUUAGUCGGGUUACCAUCAAAAGAGCAAAAAAUAUUAUGUUUUUCAUCUCAAAGCCUGACGUAUUCAAAAGCCCAAACUCUGAAACCUACGUGAUAUUCGGUGAGGCCAAGAUCGAGGACCUAAGCUCACAACUCCAAACUCAAGCUGCUCAACAGUUCCGAAUGCCGGACAUGGGUUCGGUUAUGAACAAACCAGAAAUUUCAGCUGCAGCAGCUGCCGCUCAGGCAGAUGAGGAAGAAGAGGAAGUUGACGAGACGGGUGUGGAGCCACGUGACAUUGAUCUGGUCAUGACUCAAGCCGGUGUGUCAAGGCCUAAGGCGGUUAAGGCUCUCAAGACUCAUAGCGGGGACAUAGUCAGCGCCAUCAUGGAACUCACCACUUAGGUAGAUAAUCCUUUUCUUUGAAAUGAUUUUGGAUGUUUUUCAUCUUAUUUGAUUAUGAUGCAUCAUUUUAAUUGGAAGAAUAUCUUAUUAAAACUUCUAGCUACUUAUUCUGAAUUACUUUUCUUGAGAAUGUUUUGUCUUUACACCUACUAUGAAAGACUUGAUUAAUAUAAGGUUUAGUUGGUAA